AAAGUUUGGGAAGCCCACUGUAGCAUUUGAAUGGAACUGAUUUGCCUUUGAAAAAUACACAGUUUAAAUCAAGAAACAAGAUAUCAAGCAAGAGCUUACUGUGUUUCAGUUCAUGUACAUGUUCUGAAGCCCAUGAGGAUUCAAAGGAAAAGUUGAGAAUCUGAAACUUUGAAUUUUCUGGGAAAGUUUUCUUACUAGCAUUUGAAAAAGCUUCUUGAAGCUAUUGCUUACAAUAAUAUAUAAAUUAAGUAAGUAACCAAAAUGAGCUGGAGUUUCUUGACGCGCCUCCUUGAGGAGAUCAACCAGCAUUCAACCUUCGUGGGAAAGGUGUGGCUGACAGUGUUGAUUGUCUUCCGCAUUGUCUUGACUGCUGUAGGUGGCGAGUCUAUCUACUACGAUGAACAGAGCAAGUUUGUCUGCAAUACACAACAGCCAGGCUGUGAUAAUGUCUGCUAUGAUUCCUUUGCACCCCUUUCGCACGUUCGUUUCUGGAUUUUCCAGAUCAUUGUGAUAGCCACACCCUCGGUGAUGUACCUAGGCUUUGCACUGCACCGGCUUUCACGCCAACCCCCUCAAAAAAGCCGGGCCCCUGUGGUGCGACGUGGUGCUGUCCGCGAUUAUGAAGAGGCAGAGGACAAUGGUGAGGAGGACCCCAUGAUCUUUGAGGAGAUUGAGCCUGAGAGGGAGGUGAAGGAGCCUGAGAGCCAGAAUCAUGAUGGCCGCCGGCGCAUCAAGAAGGAUGGUCUGAUGACCGCGUACGUGCUGCAGCUGCUGUGCCGUUCGGCAUUUGAGGUGGGCUUUCUGCUGGGGCAGUAUGUGCUCUACCGCUUUGAGGUUAACCCUUCCUAUGUAUGCAAACGCAGCCCCUGCCCUCACACGGUGGAUUGCUUUGUCUCUCGCCCCACUGAGAAAACCAUCUUCCUCCUCAUCAUGUAUGCUGUGAGUGGGCUCUGCCUGCUUCUCAAUAUCUGUGAGCUCGUCCACCUGGGCUUUGGGGGGAUCCGGGAUGCACUCCGUGGCCUUAAUACGGAAGAUGCUUCACCCCCAAAACCCCACUAUGCCCAGAAGGAUCCCUCUGCACCACCAACCUACCACUCUCUGAAGAAAGAGCCCUCCAAGGGCCAGUUGGCCAAGGACAAAUUGGGCUACAGGGGAGAGAGCUUGGCAGGCAUGGCUGCCGAGCGCUACACUGUGGCAUCGAGACUCCCCGGCCACGAAUUGGACCGACUGCGCAAGCACCUCAGGAUCGCCCAGGAGCAUCUAGAGAUGGCUUUCCAACUGCAGCCAGAGGGCACCGCCAGCCCUUUGCGAAGUAGCAGCCCCGAAUCCAAUGGGCUGGCUGCGGAGCAGAACCGCUUUAACUUGGCUCACGAGAAGGAAGGGGCAGCUUGUGAACGAACUAGUGGUCUCUGAAGCAUUGGACAGCUGCCCAGGUGACAAGAAGAAAUGGGAGGAACUGAAAGCAUGUGCAUACCUGUGGUCAUUAGCCUGAUGUGUGCUAGUGCCCUGAUGGAAGAGUUGGGGGAUGAGCUUAUGCUCUGAUCCUACUUCGGUGGAAGAUAAUGGAAAAGGAGAUAACAUGAGUCCCCAUGGGUGGGUGGGGAGGCUGUAGUGAUAAUACUUUCAGAAGUCUUUGUAUGUGUGUCUUUUUAUGGGUCCAAAAGGGAAACUUAUUUUUCUACUUUUAUACAUGUUGUAGAGGUACUAUUGUUCUGCCUAGGGGGCGUUUUGUCUGUCUUCUCUCUCUUUCUCCAAUGGGACUGGAUUAAUAGCGACAUAGCAAUUCCCCCCCCCCCUCCACUUUAUAUUAUUACAGUUUACUAUAUCUAAGAGGACACCUACAACUUCCCAGGACUUUCCUCAGGAUUUAGCUGUACACAAGUCAACUCCCUCAUUUUCUUUUCCUCUUCCCUAACACCAGAUAAUGGAAACAAUUGGUGGUGGUUGGGCCAAAG